UGAGACCAGCUCCGCUCGUGCCAACGGUGGGAAGUGACGCAGCCAAAGGGAAACCCGAGCCUUUUCUCCCGAGCGCACCCGCUUCCUUCCUUCUUCCAACUGCCCCGCUCCCGAUCGCGAACUGCGCCUGCGCAGGGAAAUAUUUUUUGAACUGAAGGGCGGCUUCUGAGGAGGGAGUUUUUUGACGGCGCUGGUUUUGACGGUGCGAGCUGGGGAAGGAGCAAAAGGUAGGUGGGCCUUGAAAACUGGAAAAUGGCUCGAGAGGACAGCGGAGUGCUGGUGGGAAGGAAGGAUUUAAUUUUAAAAAUAUUUUUUUAAAGGGCUGUUUGAGGUGAAGAGAGGUAGGCUGUGGAGCAUACCAUACUCGGACACUGUAAAUACUAUUCACUUUAAAGGUAGCCAAACUUUCAAACCCCAACCUCCUCCUCGCCUAUGUUGCUUUGCCUAUGGCAAGAAAGGAGGUGUUUAUGGUCUUCUGUUGUUCAUCGGCUCCACAUCUGUCCCCUCUGAUUCCACUUUGAACAAAAACAACAAGGAAAAAACCCGAAAUAUCUGUAUAAUAUUUUGUGAACUCUUCCAAAGAAGACUGGGGGGGGGGGGGCAUCGCUGAGAUACUGGCUCCGUCAUAUUGCUAUUGCCCUGUUGUUGUUAUUGGGUUCAUUGAUGUGCCUAAGGCGCCUUUGUGUGUGUUUUUUUAGAAGGUAGCUCUCCAUUCAUUUUCUGCACCAAACUUGAUUAUUGGAGGACAGGAAAAUACUAACAAAAGAAAACCCAAAAAAAAGUUGACCUUGUCUUGUGUUUCUUUCCUGGAAUAAGAAAAAAAUGAAGAGACUCAGGAAUUCUGAGGCGCCAGAACAUGCUUUGCCAGCUACUGGUAGUAAACAAACCAGAAGUGUCACAAAGCCUAAAGAGAUAGAAGAUGACCGACUUGCCAUUGAAGAAGCCUUGAACUGUUUGAAUAAAAGUAAGAACAAAGAUAGGGUUUAAUGCUUAUGCCCCAAUCCAGCAAAAAAAGAGAAAUUCAUGUAAAUCUGCUCUUGUAUGUUUGUUUCUUGCUGGAUCAUGAACUGGGAAUCAAGCUGGUGCAUAUCUGAGUGUUAGUACUGUACUGCAUUGUUUCCAGUAUGAUGUGCUUUUGAAUGUAUAUUUUUAUUCAUAUUUUGGCUCAACAAGCCAUACUUUAAAAUUGUGUUUACAUGUAACUAGGGUUGGGUAAGGUCCUUACCAUAAGGAUUUUAAUACUUGGAUGCUCAAUUGAAGUUUAUCCCAUUCUCUUCAGCUGUUUAAGGACUGCCCCUCUUUCUGAUUUACUGCCUCUGAACUUGGUGCCAUUUGCAGAUUUCAACAUGCUUCUACUUACACUGACCAAAACCAUUGGCAAUGUUGCUUCAUGAUCUGAUGUGACAGGGAACAUAACAAAGGGCAGGACUAUGCAAAUAGGGGUUGGCUUUCAUUGAGUUCUGUGGACACAGUAAAAAAAAAAGCUGCCAUCUGGUUUCUCUCUGGAUGUUAGGAUUGUUGAAAACAGAUUUGAUCUCUACCGUGACAAUCUCUCUCAGCAUACCAUUUCCCCCCAGAUAGGUGGCUACUAUUAACUUGUAGGAAGAUGUGCUUAUUAAGAGUACAACAUAUCAGUGGGAGCAAAACCCACAUUUCUUCCCUCAAGCAGGUUAGUCUAGUUUCUAUUCAUAUGGACUUCUUGGAGUGUGUACUCUUGCAGGGUCUGCUUCCUUGUGAGCAGAAACUAUUGCAGAUGUAUAUAUUUUGGCAGAAAUGGUUCACAAAUAUGCAUGAUGGCAAGCAGGCAGACAGUAACAGUUACAAAUCAACCUUGGCCCUGCAUAGCCUAGAAGCUGUUUCCAACUAGUGAAAUAGAAACCUUUCAGCAACCUUUACAGCCAUCUGCAAACACCAAAAUUUGUAUUUUCUUUAGCUUUCCAUAGAGAAGUGGCUGUUUUGUAUAUUGGAGCAUAAUAGUGUAUGAAGUCUAAUGUUUUGUUUAAAGCAACCCCUUAUUAAGUAUCUUGAGCUGAAUUGGGCUUGUGCACAGAUCUUAGCACACUAACCAACAAACAGGUUAGGGGAACUUCUGGCCCUCCAGACGUUGCUUAACUACCAUUCUCAUCAUCCUGCCCAUUGGCAAUGCUGGCUGGGGCUGAUGAAUUUCAAUAAAGCUUUAGACUUGCCUCUACCUACCUCUACACCAAAUCAAAGAGCAAGAAAGCAGAUGGCAAAUUAAACAAGAAUUCCAUAGUUUUACAAAUGCCAUGGCAUCUCAAUGGGGCUACCUUGCCAAUUGAUGGUAAAGCAAGCCAUUUGAAAGGCCAUCAUGCAUGAGAAUGGUUUUUAGAAUGUAUUUUACUCACACUUUGACUUUUUUCUAGUUAAAGGUAGUGCCUCAAAAAAGAAUAGAGCUUUGCAGGGUCCUUUGAAGACUGUGGAAAAGAUUGCACAAGAGAGAGGCUUGGCACCAGAAGAAAUUCAUAACUUGCUGAACAUCACACUCAGUGGCAAGCUUGGUAAAGGAAAAAAAAUUUUUCUCUCUCUUUCCCCUUGGCAGUAAAGUAUGUCAAAGUAGCUGCAUUGCCCUGCCUUCUCCCUUAACAAGAACCUGUGCUGCUUCUAACUUGUGACAAAUUAUCAAUAGUGAAGAUGUUAAGAAUGUUAAGCAGUGUAUUUCAAUGUCUUGCAGGUACAGUGAUAAGCACUAGGCUACUGAAGAAUCUGAUUCCCAUUUCCGUAAUAACAGAGGAUUCUGUUAUUUCAGCUGUGUCUUGGCUUUGUGCUCACAAGUGUUCUAGUGACAUUCAGGUAACUUGGAAAGCAUGGUAAUGAUGUCUUGGUUCUGAAGAAUGAUAUUUUUGCCAGUCUGACUUAUUUAUCCUGGUGAUUAUUAAACUAGAUGUUGUACAAUUCCUGAACAUAUUCCAGAAGGGGUUUGUUAUCUUGGUCUUGCUUUCACUUACUGAUAUCUAUCUUCUCCCUAUAGGUGCUCGUUCUAAAAUGGCUAAUUGUAAUGUUUGACUUCAUUGAUCAGAAGGAAAAUAUUAAUGCUCUCUAUGGUUUCUUCUUCAGCUUCUUACGAUAUGACAAAUUGGUAAGAUAAAAAUGAAUGUGUUAUUUUGAAGGAACUAGCUUUUGUUCUCUGACAGUAACCAAAAUCAAACAAUAAAGAGUACUUUCUGACCACACAACAGGACACAAUAUAAAAAGUGGGGCCUUUAAAAAAACCUGAACAUUACUAAAUACUGAAUUCUGAACACAACAAUAAAAUAGACAGUCAUACCUUGGUUAUCGAAUAGAAUCCGUUCUGGAAGCCCGUUCGACUUCUGAAAAUGUUUGACAACCAAGGUACGGCUUCCAAUUAGCUACACGAGCUUCCUGCACACAAUUGGAAGCUGCCGUGGACGUUUGGCUUCCAAAGAACAUUCGAAAACCAGAACACUCACUGCCGUAUUUGCGGCGUUUGGGAUCCAGAACGUUAGACUCCCUAGGCAUUCUGCUUCCAAGGUAUGACUGUAAUAGGCUAUAUCCAAUAUUAGUCAUACUCAGACCCAUUGAAAUUGGCAUGACUAACAUGGAUCCAUUAAAUUCAUUGCACCAAUCUUUUUAUUAUUAUUAUUAUUAUUAUUUUGUACAGGCAACCCUGGAUUGUGUUCCAGGUUUUCGUGCAUGUUGGCGGAGCAUGCAUAAAUCCAUUAUGUCCUGGCCCCGCUUCUCCCUCUUCCAGGUCCAAAAAAUGGGUUGCAAAUUCUUUGAACGUACACAAAAAGGGGCUUGCCUGUAUUUAAUUUUGAUUCAUUUCACAUAUGAAAACAAACAUACAUAUAAAGUCAUGCAUUAGACAUAUUUAUCAUCUCUGAUACAAUGAUAACAAUGCAUUAUUUGACUUUAUCCCACUUAAAACUAAUUGGAUAUGAAUAUACCCACUCUCCCACCAAAUGUAAAUAACAAUACCAGCACCUAAAUAAUUUAAAGUUUAGAUAAUUGCGCCUACAUUUAAGGGAAGACAGAAUGUUACAUAAAUACUAAACAGUCAGAGACAUUACAUAGCUUGUAGUAUAGUUAACUGUAUGGUCUGAGAUGACAAAGACAAUUCUAGUUAGGGGUUCCAUAGCCAUGGCAAAAAGCAGGGGGGGCAGUGAGCAGCUCUGCUUUGUGCCCCAGCCAAUGAGAAAUAUCAGAGAGUGUUCCCCAUUCAGCAAAAAUUAGUUCACUGACCCAUAGUAUAAAUUAAAAAGUGGAUCAACCCAGGAUGUACUAAUGCCUAAGGAACACAGAAUUGUAAAGCGAUCUUGCCAGUUUAAACAAUCAAAUGCCCUGACUGUGUCCAGCAUCAGGAGAAUAGUAGGUUCUGGAUGUGACUGAUUCCAAGCUAGGCUAUUUUUGCUUCCAGGGAAGGAAGGAGCAGCAGAUCGAAAUGCCAUCUUGCUUCAGUGAUACCAACUUGAGUGAUGGUUUUUCUAAAAACAUUUCAUUUUCACAAGAAGCCUGAUGCAGAGGCCAAAUAGUUAAAUCUGUCUUCUAUUUAAGCUCUUGCCUGGUAUCCAUAGGCAACAAGGAAUUUCAUGCCAGGCCCUCCCCACUGCAUUCUAGCAUCCAGCUGCAAUAGUGAGACUGCUCGUGGUAAACCCCACCCCGACCCUGUUGUGCACAGAAUGGUUCCAAUGAAUAAAGUGAGACUUCUAAGUAAACAUUUGGCAGUUAAAUACUGUCUAUAAGCAGGCUAGUAAUUUAGAACUCAUUGUCACUUGGACACUAAAAUACUUGCUGAAUUAAAUGCCAUCUGCUUUUCAGGAUUGUGUUGAGAUGGAAAGAACUGAAUUUACCUGUUAACUGCUUUUGUGUAAUAUAUUUUCUUUCUUACUGUAGCUCCCCUUUGCCUGUCAUGUGCUGUGUUUGCUGACCAGAAUGGAGAGUGGUGAGAUCUUAAUUAGAUUCAUGGUACAUGUUAUGUGAUUGCAUCAUAAGCUUUUUGUCAUUUGUCACAGGAGGCAUGCCAUCCCCACCACCCAGUCUUGGGGACCCACUUUAUGGAUUUACCACCCUCCAAAAGUGUGCUCAGCCCUUUUAUUCAAACUGGCUGAUUUUCUGCAAGAGAGUAUGACCUAUCUUGUUUCUAGAUCUGAUAUGCUGCUUUACUUGGAAUAAAGAUUGCUGUUUUACCUAUAGCUGCCUUGAGUACGGACUCAUUGUUAAAACCGUGUUUAUGGAAGACAGUGUUACUCGGCUACGAAUGAUCGCCAAAGAAGAAGAAUAUGUGAAAGGCAGAACAUAACUUUUUUGAAUAAGUAUUGAGUUUUGUUUUCUUCUCCCUAGUGAAACCUUUCCAUGUGAGGAAACUUCUAAAUUUACACAGCAGCAUGGUAAGCACUUGAGAUAUGAAAGUUGAAGCAAGACAAAACUUUUUUUUAAAAAAAAUGGAAUCUAAUCUUUAUAGGAACUCCAGUGUGGCAUGAAAGCUUAAUAUUUGGAUAGCUGACAAAUAUCUGAUGUAAUUUAAAUGGUGCAUUAUCUUGCAUUCUAAGACGUAAAGCAAAGCUGCAAAUAGUAGCAUCUACUAUUCUUUAUAACCUGCUGAUGGUGUAGGUCUAAUGCUGAGCUCAUCUGAGAGGGCAUGCAACCUUUGUCCUUUGCUCUCUAAGCAAAAGGUAUACAGUCAUACCUCGGGAUGAAUACGCUUCGGGUUAGGCAUUUUUGGGUUUCUCCGUGCGCAUGCGCAGACCGUCAAAAUGACAUCAUGCGCAGAAGCACCGAAACGUGACCCACACAGAUGUGCGGACACGGGUUACGUUUGCUUCGGGAUGCAAACGGGACUCCGGAAUGGAUCCCAUUCGCAUCCCGAGGUAUCACUGUGUACAGCAUAAAUGAACAAAAGAGAUGGAAGAGAUUCUUUUGUUAGCUUUUCAUCUCUUUGGAUUGUUUGUUUCUACAGCAGCUGUAGCCGCCUCACUCCACUAACUGCCCCUAAUUAACUAUAGUGCAUCCACUGCAUGGUAUGCCAAUUAAAUGAAUUUCUACAAUUUACCACAGUCUUAUAUGAAGGAAAACUUUUUUUAUAUAAUAUUUUUAUUAGAUUUUCAACAAAAAUAAAAAACACAACAACCACAAAGAAAGGAAAAUAUACAUAAAAGCAAUAUCAAAUCCAUAAAAUGGGAUUCUCCGAAUCCCAUGACUUCCCUCCCCUGGUUCCUUAAAUUUCCUUUUCAACUGCAUAUCAUUUCUACUCCAAAUAUUUUUUCCACUUCAAAUUUCCUAUACUAUUUCUAUAAUUACAAGUGUUCUUAAAAUCCUGUCAAUGUAUUAACCUGUUUACAAUACUUUUGUAAAUAUAUGAUAAACAUUUCCCAUUCUUUUUAACAUUUAUUGUCAUCUUCAUUUCCAGUUAGUUUUGCCAUUUAAGCGUGGUCCAUUAACUUGGUUUGCCAAUCUUCUUUGGUCGGGACUGCUUCCUCUUUCCAUCUUUGGGCUAACAGUAUCUGGGCAGCCAUCGUGGCAUAUGUAAACAUUUUUUUCUGUUCUUUUGGAAUCUCCACUCCUAGAGUACCUAAUAAAAAGGCUUCUGGUUUUAUAAAAAAGGUUACUCUAAACAUUUUUCCCCAUUUCAUUACAAAUCAUUUCCCAAAAGUUUUCAACCUUCCUAUAUUCCCACAUAUGAUAAAACGUACCCUGUUUCUUUAGAUUUCCAGCACUUAUUAGAACUUGUUCUACAUACAUUUUUGCUAAUUUAACCAGGGUUAAAUACCACCGAUACAUCAUUUUCAUGUUGUUCUCUUUCAGUAAAGUACAUGCAGUAAAUUUCAUAUAUGACUUCCAAAACCUUUCCCAAUCCAUCAUUAGUAUAUUAUGUCCCACAUCUUUCGCCCAUUUUAUCGUAACACAUUUGACCUGUUCCUCUUUGGUUUCCCACCAAUUUUACAAGAGCAGAUUGUACAAUUUAUUUCAUGGGGUAUAUCCUCUCACAUGACCUCAGACAGGAGCAAAGACUUGUGGGAGGCAGGCUGGCACUUCCUCAGUUUUUUCUCCUGCCUGACUCAGAAUGUUUUUCCUGGCUCUCCUGCUUCUUCAGAUAAAUUUUUCAAUUUUGAUACUUGCUUCUAUUUUUAUUGAUUUAUGAGCCAGGAAGGCAGGCAGGUUGUUUUGUUUCUGGUACUUUGGCAAACAUUGCUGCUUGGUGAAUCUGAAAAACUGAGGAAGUGCCAGCCUGCCUCCCACAAGUCUUUGCUCCUGCCUGAGGUCACAUGAGAGGAUAUACCCAAUCCACUGUCCCCAGCAUCCCCAAUUGUGUGGUUUUUUCAGCAAUUUCGUUCUACCUUCUACUAUUUCUCUCGGAAAUCUUGACACUUCAUAACUAAAUGCUUUCUUUUUAUCAUUUUAAAAUUUUUAAUUUAAUUGCAAAUAUUGUACCCAGUCUACUCCUUUUUCCUCUUACUCCUUCAAAACCUUUUAAUUUUAGUUGGUUAUCUGUUUCUGUUAAUAGCUCUCUAUAUGUCGGCCAAUUUAUCCUCAUACUCACUUUUUUCAAAGCUAUUACUUCUAAUGGGGAAAGCUAGCAUGGUGUUUUCUGUUCUAAUAAAUCUUUGUAUUUCUCCCAAACUUUGAGUUUCUUAUUAUGUGAGUAUAAAAACUUUUAUGAACUUUUGCCUUAUGGUAAGGCAUACCAUAAAUAUGCAUGCCAACCAAAUCUAUUGCCAAAUCUAAUAAAUCAGCAUUUGUUAAAUUUAUCCAAUCCUGGAUCGAGCAGAUGCAAGAUGCUUCAUAAUAUAAUCUUAAAUCCAGUAGAGAGAAAUCUCCUCUAACAUCUAUUAAUAAUUUAUGUUUAAUUCUUGGUUUUCCCCCUAUCCAGAUAAAUCUUGAAAUGUCUUUUUGACAUUCUUUGAAGCAGCUCACAUUGCUUACCACCAGGAUUGACUGAUAUAAAAACAACAUUUUUGGCAAUGCGUUCAUUUUGAUCACUGAAAUUCCACCUAAUAAUGACGAACUCAUCCUUCCCCAAAUUUCUAUGUUCCUUUUUAUUUCUUUCCAUAGUUUUUCAUAGUUGUCUUUAAAUAUACUAAUAUUCUUGGCUGUCAAUCAUAUUCCCAAAUAUUUAACUUUCUUUUAUAUACUUAUCUCUGUCUUCUGCUGUAUCUCCUUUUUAUCUUGCUCUGAAAUGUUCUUCACUAAAAGCUUAGUCUUAUUUUUAUUCAGUUAAAAACCUGAUACUUCUCCAAAUUCCAGUAUUUCUAAUACUUUUGGUAACAAAUUUAUAGGGUCUUCAACCGUUAUCACAAGGGCAUCCGCAAAUGUUUUCAAUUUACCAUAUUGGUCCAAAUAUAAGCUGCACCCGCAAAUAAGCCACACCUUUAAAAUUGGUGGGAGGGGAGACAAUACCCAUAUAUAAACCACUCCCUUAAAAUUGGGUUACAGGCUGAAAAUCGCUGUGGUUGGUAGAAUUGUAACUCCGAGCCAAUUUAAGCCUUUGAUCUUGCAAGCCUGCAAAAGUUACCGUACAAUCACUAAAAUCGCAAAUCCCUAUUCAAUUGCUACAAUUCCACAGGCACUCAUACCCAUAAAUGGCAAAUGAACCAUCUCAAGCUCGCAAAUCGGCAAUAAAACAUUUUUUUUGUUCCGUUUUACCAUAUGUCUGUUUCAGCAGCAAUAUUGUAAAAGCCCAUUUUUGUAAGGUCGCAAAUUUAAGCCGCACUUUAACUUCACGGUCGGAAUUUGGAAAAAAAGUGAGGCUUAUAUUCAGGCCAACACAGUAUAUGCUUUAUUUCCUACUUUUGUUCCUCUGAAGGUUUCUUCUGUGCUUAUAUUUCUCACAAGAACUGUGUAAAGGAAAAGCUCAGGGAGUCUCAGGCAGGAGUUGAGCAAACAAAAAAAGUUUUAUUUCCAGAAAAAGAGUUUAGUGAAAGAAAGUUGAGACAGGAGAUGGCCCAUCUUCAGGUAUAAGUCUACUUGUUCAGACACAGUAUAUGCACACCUUUUCUGAAACUUCAGUUACUCAGAAAUCAGUUGUUCAGUUUCUGUUACUUCUCUCUCAUUUUACUUAGUUAUGGCAGAUUUUUCAGGUUAAUGCUUUUAACGCAGCACAACUUCCUUCACAGUUUAUUAAUUAAUUUGGUUCAUGAGCAAGGUGCACUUUUCAUCAGUUACCCACUUUUUCAACAAUCUGAUUCCUGAGGUAUUCUGAUUAGUAUACCAAACCCAGAGGAUCACCUCACCCUUUGUUACUGGCUUGGGAGUCUUCUUUACCAAGAAGAACUCUCCCGUCCUGGCAGGAAUGAGACCCAGGUAGCCUGUAUUCCCAUAGCUUCUACCUCUCCUGGCUCAGACUCAGCCCUCCAGUUAAAUCCUGUCUGUAUACCUUCACCAGACACUCAACCCAGUCUUCCUAUCUAAACUGAGGCUCCUUCCUCUUGCUAUAGAUAGUCCCCUCAGAGAGGAUGUUCAACUCAAAUCAGAAACAAUUCUCUCAGACAAACCCUAUCCUAAUCCCUCUCUCUCAUCUCAAAUCAACUAUCUCUCAAACUAAACGCUAUCCUCCUGCUCUUUCCCUUCGCUAUCCCCAUCUAAGAACUCAUUCAGAAACCCCUCCUUUUAUUCUCCCUCCUAAAGUGCUGCCCCACACUCGCCCCUCUGGCUGGCUGUUGUGGUGGUAGCUAAUCAGAGAGAAUUCUGGUGGAAUUCUGAGGGACUGUAUCACCAUAUUCUGGUCUGGCUUGCUGUCUGUCACAACAGCAUUUGCUUGGCAUUGGUAUAGCCCUCCAUCUCCUAUUUGUAGGGUCAUGGCUAGAGAUUUGCUAUGUCUAAUGCAGUGCAGUGCUUUUUUUUUUUCUAAAAAGGAAUUUGUUUAGGGGUACUCUCAUUUUCCUACUCAUAUUGAAAUACUGCCCCUCAAUGAGGCCAAACUUAGAUUCACAAAAUGUUUAGGGGUAUGCGUCACCGUCCCCCAUCCGUCCGUCCCCGCCGCCGCCAGAAAAAAAGCACUGAUGCAGUGGGUUUCAUAGUUUCUCAGCUACUAUGCUGGAACAUUAUCAGGUGCAACAACAUCGAACUCAUUUCUUUUCAGACAUCAGCUUCUCUGCAGACUCUGCUAUGGAAGUACAAGAUCUUUGCUCCUGAAAUAGUAACAGUAACUUUGCCUACAAAAACAAAGGUGAGGAUGCUUUCAAAUGAGAUCUGUGCUGUGCUGUGAGAUCUGUGCUGGGAGACUAGGCAUCUGAAUUCAGUGUUGCCAAAUUAUUAAACUACUCAUUGAUGAGGAAGAAACAGUUAGAUUGGAACUGGUGUACACAUAACUGAAUUCUUAAACUUUGCAUAUUACGUUGCUUAAAAUUAAAUUAAUAAUAAAGGUGAAGCCAAGGGUGUCAUGUGAUUGUUGUAAUUUCUACCAGACAAUAAUAGUUAUAAAAAAUCCUUCAUGAGUUACUUUUGAAGUGCAGUGGUACCUUGGUUCUCAGACUUAAUCUCUUCCAGAAGUCCGUUCCAAAACCAAGGCAUGCUUUCUCAUAGAAAGUAAUGCAAAACGAAUUAAUCCAUUCCAGACUUUUUUUUUAAAAGCACACCCUAAAACAGCAAUUUAACAUGAAUUUUACUAUCUACGACCAUUGAUCCAUAAAAUGAAAGCAAUAAUCAAUGUACUGUACUAUGAAAUAAAUAAGACAGUAUUGUAAAGGGACCCCUGACCAUUAGGUCCAGUCGUGACCGACUCUGGGGUUGCGGCGCUCAUCUCGCUUUAUUGGCCGAGGGAGCCAGCAUACAGCUUCCGGGUCAUGUGGCCAGCAUGACUAAGCCGCUUCUGGUGAACCAGAGCAGCACACGGAAAUGCCGUUUACCUUCCUGCCAGAGCAGUACCUAUUUAUCUACUUGCACUUUGAUGUGCUUUUGAACUGCUAGGUUGGCAGGAGCAGGGACCAAGCAAUGGGAGCUCACCCCGUCAUGGGGAUUCAAACCGCUAACCUUCUGAUUGGCAAGUCCUAGGCUCUGUGGUUUAACCCACAGCGCCACCCACGUCCCUAGACAGUAUUGUAGAUGAUAACAAUUAAAAUUAUUAUUAUUUUCUUACCUGCAGUGAUGAUAGUCAUUGUUUGGAUGGGGGACAUUUAUCUAUUUCCGCAGUCACAAUCAAUCAACUGAACUGGGUUCCUCACAAAAACAAAUUAACAGCCAUCUGACAGUAUUUUACAGCCAUCGCUGCACACGUGAGAAAGCCUUCUUGCAUCUGAUCUGCAAAAAAACACUUAAAAAAGCUGCUUUUUGUAGAUGGCCGUAAGAGGGACAGCUACCUUUCUCAAUGCUUGUCUUUGGCUGUCUGUGCCUGUUCCCAGCAGGAACCAGAGAGCAUGGCUGAACUGAGCAGGAUUAGCAGCCAGUCAUCAGCUAAUUGAGCCCAAAUUUAAUGCUAUUGCUUUGCAACACCAGCUGAUGGAUAGGUGGGCAUGGUUUGGGGGAAAUUACCUGUCAAACCAAAAUGGACCCACAGACUGGAGAUUCUGUACUCCUGUUGUAAGAUCCAUGACGAAAUAAUGCCAGCUCCAAAUAUGGUAAGGAUGUACCCAUAUAGCUUAGCCAAAUCAAAGCAGAAAUUAAAUUGAGCACCCAGCUGUCAUCUUAACUGACAUUUAUUACUCUUGUACUGAGUUCUCCUCUGCCAAUAAACUUUGUUGAGGUUUGCUGGGCUGCUCCUACUAGGCCUGAAGCACAGAGUUGACCUUGCCAAUGGAUCAGCUGAGCUACCUUUUUCGUUCUGCUGUGUUUUUUUAAAGCAGACUGGCAGAUUUGUCAGCCUGCUCUAUAAUGAAGGAAGAAAUUUGCUUUCUUCCACAGCAAACAUGAAAACAAAGUUGCUGGGUAAGGAGUGAGCUACAUGUCCUUUCACCACCAACUAGCUCACUCAUCUGCAUGGAAUUCCUAGUUGUUUAUGGUACCAGGCUAAUUGUUAAGUACAAGGCUGGUAUAGAGCAUCCUAUUCAAUGAUACCCUCCUCCACGGUAGGUAAAUAGAACAUUGGACUUAGUGUGCAAAGUUCCUCUUCCACGUUGGAUGGAGGAUAGCUUACCUGCCCUGGAGGGGUGAUUCCCAUUGCUGGGAAAAGUUGGGGGUGGUUGUAUGCUCUCAGUUCUAUUUGGGUUUUGAUAUCACCCAUAUCAAUUUUCCCCCAAUGCCUGCUGUUUUUGCUAUUAAGGGUUGCAGUCCCUCUUCUAUCAAGGACAGUUUGAGCAUUCAUGGUUCAAUUUGUUAUGUUAUGUCCCAAAAGUGGAGAGGUUCUCUUCCACACAUGUUGGCAGUAAAAAGUUUGAUUUGCGUAGCCUGUUGGAGCAAGUGCAGAGUCAACGCAUUUGAGGAUACCCUCCAUUUGCCACAGAAAAGGAACUUAAUCUCAACAAAACCAAUCUUCUUCUUCCCCCGCCAGAUGUUAUUUAGGACUUUUUCACAUCCGUGGAAAACAGCAAUUGACAACGUAAAACUGCGAAUUCACGGAACACCAUCUGCAUCCCAGCUAACUUUAAAAUGCAUGGAGUAUCCCCAAUCUCAGAAGAAGGUUUGUUGCUGGGGAUAGUUUGAAUGCAGUUAUUGGGCUACAACUGUGCAUGCUAAUUUUAUUUACUUUAUUGACAACUAGUUUGUGUCAGUGAUGGCAUGAGAAUCUCUGUCCACUCAGAUAUGGAAAGGGUUUCCUGAUGGUAGCAAGUAUUGAAUAACUUUAUUAUAUUUUCAUAUUUGAAAAAGUUUAGAGUAGCUUACAUGACGCUUUUAGUAGACUCCUGAUUAUUAUUGGAUUCACACUUGCUAUUGCAACAGAUGCUCUGUGGUCAUUUAUUUUUUCAAUUACAUUAUAAAUGGAAUGCAAUAUGUAAAGCUCACACAUUUUUUAUUAUUAUAAUUCUGAUCAGGAAGAGGCAGACUUUAAGGAGGAGUGUAAACCUUUUAUUGAAUAUUUAAGGCACACCAAGCUUGAAAUACUGUUUGGUUUUCUUCUUCCACCUGAACAUAACAAUUACACAGAAUUGUAAAGAAUAUUCAUCACUGAAGGCACAACUUUAGAAAAGAUUUGGAAGAUAAUAUGAUAGCUGAAAUUGGGAUUAGGGUUGACAGAGGCAUAAUCUAGAAAUGUAGCUGUGAGCCGUUUAAUUUUGGCAUUUUGUUUUCUCCAUAGGAAAGGAAUACAAAGUUGAUUCCGCCUGUAUGCAGCUCCAAUGCAGAAAGCUUAGCUGAGAGUGAAAAGCAUAAAUUCUUUUCAUUGGAACAGCUGCAGACCUUCCCCCAGCUUCUGCAGAACAUUCAGUAUUUAGAGGUAGGUUUGUGAAUAGCACUUUACUAAUAUAAUGCAGAGGUCAAAUAGACCCCAAAUGAAACACAGCUUUAAAACAAUUAAGAAUGUAUGACAAUUAUUCCAAUUUAAUGUAAAAAUGUGAAUGUAAAGAUUAUUGUAGCCUUCUGUUAAACAACCAUCAUGGCCUUUCUCCUAAUUUCUAGCCAUAGGGUUUUUGCUUACUCAUGCAAUUUUUUCUGUAACUUAACCUGGAAGCAUGGAUUCUAAACAAAAAGGAAUGGUUAAAGGUGAAUGUUAACACCAGUGCAACAGUUAAGUGAGAUACUGUGGUAGUCAUAAUGUUUUGCUUGAACCACUGCUACUGUAGAUGUGCAACAAUUCAUUCACCUGCCCCCCAAAAAAACACUUAAAAUGAGGGCUUAACUAAACUGCUUUGAACGAAAUAUUCAGAGUGGAAAAGAGGCACUAUGUGUGCACAAUAGGUGAGAGAUUUGAAACAUGGCAAAAAGCAUAAUGUAACAAAGACUACAGAAUAUGAAAUUGCACAUAUUUGGGGGAAAAUAUGUGUAUUUAAUGCCACAUUGGAGCUAUUUACUAAAAGUGUGGGAUAGCUAGCUACAUGAUGGAUUUUUAAUUAGACGCGACUAGACUUCAUCCUUUGGUGUGGGUGGCACUUAUGAACUAUAUUUAUACUAAGAUUUACUAAGCACUUACACAGAUUAAGAACAAGAUAGUUCCUGCCCACAGACUUGCAAUCUAAAAGAUUGUAAUUCAAAAAGAAAACAAGGAAACUUUGAUGCCAAUUUUUGAAAACACUAGCUUGAACAGAAACAGUCCAGGGAGGAGCAAAAUGAACUUGUACAUCAGCCAAGUCAGUGGUGAAGGCCCUAUUGCCUGAUCCAUAUCUUUGUUCACUACAGCUAGAUGUGGGAUGGCUACUAGUAGGGGAGCUGGAUGGGCAGCAGCUGUGCUAGGGUAGUGCCAAGGAAUAGCCAUAUGUUCUGCUUGCUCAGGGUGCAGCAACCACGUUGAUUAAGCAACUUCUGUGAGGCAAGGUUCCUUUUGGCUAUGCAAAACACUUAGGGACGUGAGGACCUGCAUUCUGUUGGCAGCAAGGGUAUGGACAGGCAAAGAAGAGCAAGUGGGUUGAAGAACCAUGGGUUGGGGUGUGGUGGGAGGGCUCUAAAUUUUCCAUUGACUUGAACCAACCUGUUCAAUUCUGGUUAUGUGAGAUCUCUAGUAUAUGUGUUCUUAGAAGCAAUGGCUUUUCUAUAAACUGAAGAUUUUUUUAAAAAAAUACUGCUGAUUAAAUGAGGCAUUCUGUUAAAAUCAAAAUCUUUGACUGUUUCCAACCCUGGGGGUGGCUUGCAAGGACAAUUACCCUCCAAUUAGUCCUGGUUUACGUUCCGUGAACAGACUCCGCUAACAUGAGAUUUGCUUUCAGCGUGGCGGAGCACCGAACGUCUGAGUUUUUGUGUUCCCUUCUGAACAGUUUCUUCUGGCUUCUCUUUCAGCCUCCAGCCCAAAUAGGCUCGGUGGUAGGCAAUCCUCUGUUGCUCCACUACUUCAGUCUCAAAGAUAAAUCAGUCUUUAGGAGGAUGCAUUACUGGAUGGGUCAUACAUUAAAAGAAGGUAGGGAGACUAAUUUGAUUCCCACAUAGGAGAAACUGAUGCCUUAGAUCUAGGUUACGGCCUGGUUCUCACAGAGAUAAUCUUGUGUCUGAGAUGUGAGAGCUCACAUGAUUGAUUGUUCUGCUGCAUUAUAGAUCUUGGAGAGCUGAGUUUUAACCUAAUAUGCGAGUUUUCUAUCUGCAGAACAUUUUUUUUUUGUACAGAGAAGCAUUUCAUCUUAUGAGUCCAUCCCCUCUCCAAAUAUCUGACUUGGUACUGUACAGACACAGGUCAUCAUCUCAGUGUACCUCAACUGUGCCAAGGCAAAAUGGGUGGCAGACUAUAUACAAAGGUGAAAACUUGGGGAUGUCAGAGAAUAAGAACUUGGAGGAUAAGCAAUGUUUUACCCCUUUGUCUCAUGAUUCAGGAUGCCCUUGGUAUAAGAUGUUGAACCAGGAAGAUGAAUUGAACUUCAAGGUCUUCUUAGAGGAAGUCUUCAAAGCAGAGUGUUUCUUGCAGGUUAGUUCAUAUGCGAUUCUCAUCCCAUCAAUCCUUGGACAUUGUCUUUUGUCCACCACCAUUCUAUGCCUUGACUAAAACAUCAAUAUUCUGUUAGUAGGAUGUUAAAUAAUGGUAUGUCAGAAAUGAAAAUACUGUAGCUUUUUUUAAAAAAGCACAGGAGGGAGAGAAGCUGGGAGGUGGGAAGAGAUGAAAGGGCUGUAGUAUUCUAUUGUAGUAAUGUGAAAACCCUAAUAAACCAUGAGUAAAAAACGAUUCUAUUGAAAGUCAUGGAGCUAUCCAAAUUAAUUACACGGCUGUGGGCUUCCUUAUCAAAGGACAGUGGUGGCCAAAUUGCACCUCUCCUUAUUUUUUUCCUAAGAGCUGCAUGAUGAAGGAAACAGAGAGGGCAUCCAGGGGCAGGUGGUGAGUGACACAGCCUAUAUCUGUGCAGUCAAGAAAUAGGGUUCCUGAAGAAGGCAAACUGGGAAGCAGAAAAGAGUGGCAUGAACAAAAGUAAUUUGGGAUCUGCUUUUUAGGAGGCGCGGUAGAGGCUCUUGGGCCAAAGAAGAUCACUUGAAUUAUUAGAAACUUUUGCUAUCCCUAGCAAAGUACUUUUAAGAAUGACAGCCCAACUAAUCUGCUUCACUAGCUUAUCCCUUGAAUUCUUAGCAGUUAUCUGUCUUGGCCUUCUUAAGUAUUUUCUGCUAUGGAAGAGCACUGUCAGGCUGGGUGCAUGAAAAGGGCUGGCUUUCAAGAAUCUUUAGCAGUGUCUGUUGUGCCUUUCAGAGGGGUUUCUUGGCCUGCGAAGAAUUCUUGUGGAAGAGUCUGCGCUUCUGGGAUGGCUGCUGCUGUCAGUCACAGGUCCUGCAGCUGGUGAGAUGGAUCUCUCCCAACAGUUUCUCAGGUAUGUGAUGCAGCCUAACCAAUCUUACCCUGCUUUGUGGUCCAGACAGGCCUGCUUCAAAGUCUCUGUUCCUUUUUUUGUUUCUUUCCUUUCAGAAAUGAAGACUUAUCUCUACCAGCCAUUGUUGAAGCUUUUUUCCAUAUCAUCUCUUUAUUUUAAGGUAAUGGAGAGAAAGUAGCCAGUGAAUGCCUGCUUUGGCAUGUAAGAAUUACCAAAUUUGAUCCCUGACAUACAACUAGGAAAUAUGUUUGUCUGAGGUGCCCAAGAGUAGGGCAGUUGUGAGCAAAAUACCAGGCGCAUUGCGGUUGAUACAAGACAAAUCCUUGAAUAUGUUUGGGAUUGCUAUCCUUGUUAAAGGAAGGAGACAAAAUACUUGUCAGACUCAGAUGAAUUUCUUGUUGUAUGUAAACUAGUUGAAUAAGCCUUAAUUGGACGUACAGAAUCUCUGCUUUUUGCUACACGCAAACUAGGAAUCCUAGCUUGCAACAAUCAUUGGUGGUUACCAAGCAAGCUCACUUCAGACAAUGGGCUAUGAAGCUGGUUUGUAUAGCUACAAACUGUUUGCCAUAAGCCAUGAUUCUUAUUUCACAUAUAACACUAGUGCAUUAUAACAAUAAUGCACAUAACAUUGAGCAUUAUGUGUGAACUAGCCCUUUGGAAUUACAAAUACAGCACCAUAGCAAUAAGAAUGGUUGCUGCUUUUCUUCCUUCAGCUGGAAGUAUGCAAGUUUCCUAUAAUUUUUCUCUGCUUUUAUCUCCUGUCUCUCUGGGGGCUAACACCACAACUGCAGGCUACUGAAGCACCCUAGGAGAAUUCUUAAACUUGUGUGUAUGGAUAACCUGGGCUUUAAAAACCUUUUCAAGCAUAUUACUACAGUACUGCCGGUAUGGAGCUCCCCCAAAUCUGAAAUACAAUGGAUCCAUUUUUUUGUUUUUUGCUCUUCCAUAGUAUGAAGUUCUUGAAAGCCUAAGGGAACUGUUACUGAACAUGCUGAAUUGCCACAUGCAAGCAGACAUGGCAACAGAAUCAAAUGUUGAUGUGUUGUAAGUAUAAUCUUUACAAAGUGGUACAUCUCUAGAACACAGGCAAUCAAGCGAUAAUGCAGCUCACGUGGGCACAACCAUUCUCUUCCUACUAGAUGCUAAGGCUGAUAUCUAUCUUGUUUUGUUUCAGGAACACCACCCAAGUUGACCUGAUAAGCUCCUUGGCAGAGCUCAUUCACUUUGUAAACAGGCUCUCAACUGUUGGUCUGUGCUUGGAGAACAACUCUACUUUGUUGAUGAAUGUUAUCCUGGAUUUCUAUGAGACAGUAUGUAAGCUGUUCACACUGCAAAUUUGUUUAAUAGCUUUAGACGUUAUGUAUUUGACAAUCCUGAGGGAGGUUCUGAUAAUUUGAGGGGGAGGCAGAGAAAGAGAAAUCCAAAGGAAAAAAGUGGGUAGAUUGUUUGAAGCUCAUGUUUGCCUCUAAAGUAUAACAUCUAUAUAUAAUGUUAUAGACGGAGACAUAAUGUCUGAGUAGGCAAGAACAAGGCUGUUCCUCCGUUUUUUCUGUGAAGGUAAUGUGCUAAGGGCAGAGAGCUGAGAAUACAAGCUUAUACAGCUAUCUUUCCUACUUGUAGGUAUCUGAUAUAUAUCUGAAGUACAACCUCCCCUUAGUUAUUAUGCUUCCUACUGGAGUCUUCUAUCCAGCACUUCUCAGCAUGAAUUCUGCCACACUUGACCAACUCUGCUACAUUAUGUACAGGUACUGAGAAAAUUCCUUUUUCUGCCCCUUGUGCUUUUCCUCAGCCUUUCUGCAUGGCCAUAAUCUCGCUUGUACUAGACCACUUCAACUUCUCUACUAAUCUGCGAUUGCCCACUUGAUUCUCCACACUAUAAUAAUGCCAGAAGGCAGAAUGUCAAUUUGUCCUUUCUAACUUGUUGUGCUUACAUUUAGUGAGUGUUAUGAAGGCAGUUUGCUAACUUUCACAGUGUUGUAGAGUUCUUGGGGGGGCGGGGGGCACUUGUGGCCCUGAUGCUUAAGUUUUUUAAUGAGUUUUUGCUUGCUAAAGAAAAUUCUUCCCAUGAUAGAGUCCUCAUUUCAGGCUCGGGAUGCCUCUCCAUAUGAACCAACCUGGGCCUUGAGAUUAUCAUCUGAGGCCACCUUUGUUUUUGUUUUGUUUUUUGUUUUUUAAAUAAUAUUUAUUAAGUUUUCCAUUUUAACAAGCCAAUAAAAGCCACAUUAAAAACAUUCCAAAUUAUAAAAUAAUCAAACAGUACAAAUUUUAUGCCAAAUGUUAAGUCUUUGGUUGACUUCCCAUGCUCUGAGGUUGGGGGAGUGAUGAUCUCACAAUUGUGCUGCUUCUCUUAAUUAGUCCAGAUAGUUCCAAAUAAGACAUUUUGAUGUUGAUCCUUCGUUUAUUUUUAACAGCCUCUGAGUUCAUCUAGCAAGCGGAUUAAACCAAUAUAGUGUGAUUCUAUGUGAAAAAGUUCCUUCGCGUUUAUUUUCUUCUUUGUACUCUGGCAGUCUGUGGCAAUUCACUUUCACUUUCUCAUGCCUGUAAUUUUCUACUGCGACACAUCUUGAGCUGGAGGAAAUCUGGCAUCCACCAUUUGUACCAGGCAUAUAUCCAAACUUCUUGGUUUCAUCUCCUUCCAAGACAAAUAAGCCUGUAUUUUAGCUAGAAACCAUAAUUUCCAUCACCUAUUCUUUUUUAUUGAUCCAUUGAAAGUGAUUGCAAAAUUCAUAAACCAGUUCCACACAGUUAAUUCUAUAGUUAAACCAUAAUUAUAACAAUAAUGAAAUACUCUUUCUUUCCAGUCCCGCUUGCUUACUCAAACAGUCAGGCAGGCAGUCCUUCCAGGGAGAUUUGCCAAAUAAGAUAGCAAAUACAAAAUAUAUCAAAAAGAAACAAUGGAGGCUCACCCCCCCCCCUUCCGUUCUGACAUACCAGUCCCAUAAUGAUGGUAAUCCUUCCACUCAAAUCCUUUGGCACCCCAGUGGCUGAAUCAGUUAGCAGAAUACUUUAUCUCCCCUCGCUCAGAGCAUGCCUGUUAAUUAAGUCCAAAUUUCAUCUUAAAAAAGCAGGUAUUCGUUGCUCAUGGCGACAGCUUUGGAGACUUGCCAAAGAAACACACGGUGCUUUACACCCAGUGCCCCCUGCCCCCUCAUUCCUUCCAGACCAGGAGCAAGUCUUGGGUGAUCUGCUGGUGAAGCUGCCCCCCACCCACCCUGCGAAGGUUGGAUGAUCACUCCCAUCUCAUCUUAAAAAUAUUCCGUGUGAGAUGGCUCUGAUGUAAUGGGCAGCCGUUCGCUAAAGCAGCCAAACAGGAAGUCCUGAGGCCACCUUUGUGUGCCUCCAUGAGAGGUCUGGCGGGUGGUAUCACAAGAUCAGGUCUUUUCUGUAGCGACUUUCUGUGUGUGGAAUGCUCUUCCUAAGGAGGCUCACCUGGUGUCUUUGCAUAUCUUUAGGUGCCAGGUGAAAAUAUUUCUCCAUAAAGAGGCCUUUGGCUGAUUAAUAUUCUAAGACCUUUUAAAUGUGUUUGUGGGAUGGGCGUUGGUGGUUUGUGUUUGCUUUUUUAUUAUGUACCGUAUUUUUCGCCCUAUAGGACGCACUGGCCCAUAGGACGCGCCUAGAUUUUUUUUGGGGGGGGGAUAAAAGGAAAAAAAUUAUUCCCCCCCCCAGGCACGGGGCUGGGGCAGGGGAAGUCCAAGCUUCCCCCACCCCAGCCCCCAGAACAGGCAGCUCUUCGCAAGCUGUUGGAGGCCAGCGCGAAGUAGCGCUGGGCUCCCACAGCUUGCAGAGAGCUGCGCGAAGCCUGCUCUGGGAGCAUGCGGGGCUGGGGGUGGGCUUCCCCCGACCCCAGCCCCCAGAACGGGUCCCAGAGCAGGCGCGAAGCCUGCUCUGGGAGCUUGCGGGGCUGGCUUCUCCCCGCCGCCAGCCUCCAAACCAGGUCGGGGGACAGCGGAAUGGCGGUGUUCCACCUCCCCGCUGUCCCCCAAGCUUGUGGGGCUGGCGGUGGGGCUCUCCUGAACCCUGGAGAGCGAGAGGGGACGGUCAGCACUGACCCCACUCGCUCUCCAGGCUUCAGCAAAAGCCUGCAUUCGCCCCAUAGGACGCACACCCAUUUCCCCUUCAUUUUUGGAGGGGGAAAAGUGCGUCCUAUAGGGCGAAAAAUACGUUACUUUGUUUUUUUAUCUUAUAUUUUUAUGUUGUGAACCAUCAUCAAUAUGUUGUGAAUGCGCUCCUCAAUGGAGAAGAGUAAAGGAGCCCCCACCCCGGCUUGUGUGAGCCGGAGGCAGGAUGGGGGCGUUGUUAGACUUCUCCGGAGGCAGCCACAUUCCCCUCAGUGGAGAAGUCUAAAGGGGGUGCCUGCCCGCACGAGCAGCCAAGGGAGGAACAAGCUACAUCAGCCCUCUGUGGUAUGAGGGCCAGAGUGAGAUGGCUGUUUCACCCAGUGGUGUAUCACAAGUGAAACCACCACCACUCCUGAGUCCCUCUGCUACCAGCAUCCAUCUGCAGCUUGGUUCUUCCUCGGCACGCAGGGCGCUGGUGGCAAAGAGACUUAGGAACGGCAGUACGUAGUUUCACUCGCGAUAUACCUCCAGUUGAAGACGCCACCGCGGUCUGGUCCUCACCCGCUACAUCAUCCAGGCCUAGAUAAUAUGUCUUGGAGAAAAGUGGUGUGGAGGAGCCACAUUGAGCAACCCCUUGGGGAGAAUGUCAGGUGAAAUAAAGGUGCCUUGUGCACCCAGUUAAAGGGAAAACUUAAGAAUACCAUGCCAUGCAAGUGAAAGGGCUCUUUCACACAGUCCAGUUUCAGAUAUGAGUGACAUUACAUAAAAAAGAAAGAUGUGAUGUUCUUGAGACAUCUUGAGUUGAGUCAAUUGCCAUGCCACCGGGUUAGAACCCAGCCACUAGGAUGUUUCUGUUCAUUUAAUCUAUUUUUAGCAAAGUGAUCUUUCUUUUGCUGAAAUGGGAUAGACUUGGACUUCUCAGGAAAUAAAACCAUGGUUCAUAACUUAAGUUUGCUGAUUGAUGCUCAUUUUUUCCAAGUAGGAGUUUACUGGCUGAACUGAGAAUGUUACUUGUGUUAGAUGUGGUAUUGGAUUUUGCAGUUGAUGAGAACCUUGUAUUUGUGACUGGCAUGCCAGAUUAUAUCAGGCUGGCUCAUAUUUUUCUUUAGUUACUACAAUGAUACCCAUUGGCAGAGGAAGAGAAGUGCGGGGGGAGCGCACCGCCCCUGACAGUCCGAUCCCGCUGGGAUGCCAUCGCGGCUGCCUCCCCACCCGUGCUGGGUGCCAUGCCCCCGCCUGCUCUCCAUCCCCCAGUGCCAGAGCAUGAAGCUCUGCCACUGAUGAUACCCUCAUUGCCUAGAGCAAAGCUAAAUUACACACACAUUUGUGGGGCAUAUGCAGAAAUUCAACUGAACUGAGCUUCUCUGUUGCGUAACCCAUAAACUUACCUGUGUGACACUGAUGAAGCUAUUCUGAUUUUUGAAUCAAAUUUUUAACCCAGUAGUCAAAUUUUUAACCCAGAGUCUCAAACAGGUGAUAAUGUGUUGGGGUGGCAUUGCUGUGCUGAUUACUGACUAACAAAAGUUCAAGCCUUUGAGGCCAGUUAUGCAUCUGGAUGAUUUUUUUUUUUUAAUGCCCUGUUCUCUUCAGGAAAUUCUACAUAAGAGUGCCAUUCUUAACAUUAGUUCCAGCAGUUGUGUCUGAUGUGAGAAGUAGCCAAUUGUUGUCAGCUGGUGUAGAGCUCUGUUCAGCUUCCUGCUUGAGGAAGCUGCAGAGUAAUUAAUAUGGAAGGAUGCAGUUGCUGAAGAUGCACUGAAACUAGUGUCUAUUAUACAGAGCAGCUGCCAGGACCUAUACUUCUAUUUCCUUCCAGUUUCUAUAGUGACUGAACAAGGAGUCAGUGCUGCUGUUUGCUACUUGAGGUCGUGCUCCACCUUUUUGUCUCAUGCUUACAGCUCAUGCAUAACAGUUUCUUUUCACAUACGCACCCUUGUGAACAGAAAUGAGCAUCCAUUCAAGUGUUUGUCUUUCUUUCUAAGUAACAGUUGUUUCUGAACGGUGAAAAGUGCCCUUUGAACUCAUUGAAUCUCUUUAUAUUCAGAACCAAAUUCAGCAUAUUCUCUAUUGGGUGAUUAGUAACUGUUCUGCAUGGCGUCUGUGUUUUUCUCUCAAAGUCUACUCUGUAGAUGGCUCUCCUAUCGCAAGGACAUGUGGUAGGUAAGCAAGAGAGAGAUUUAUGUAACAUAACCCAAGAAAUGGAACCAAAUGAGAAAAGAUAUGUGCUAUCUUGCUGCCUCAUAAUGCUAAGUGAAAGAUAGCUAUGUACUCUGGGAUAGUCACUGCUCAUCUGUGCAUAGUAAUAAUUGUAUGGCACUGUCAUGUGUUCAAAGGGCUUCACAUGCUUUAGCUAGCUGUGGUCCUUAAAACAACCCCCCUGUAGAACUGUUCACAGUAAAUGGGGGAGCGGAAGUUGAGAGAAACUGGCUUGCCAAAGACCACCUAGUGAGUUAAUUGAAGAAUCAAGACUCAUGCAAGGGAUUUCUUUAGCCACUACACAGUUUCAUUCUGCGCACAUAUGGUAUAUUACAAUUCAGAAUAAUCAUCUUUUUUAAUUCUUACUUAGGUAUCGAAUCAACCUGGUGGCUGCAAAACAAAAACCCGAGAUUAAAAAGGUACUGCAGAUAAGUUGCUUAAUGGCAAAUGCUUGGAUUGGAACAAAUAUAUUUAAUGGCUCCUUCAUCUGAAAUUUAAUAUAAUUUCACUGACAAAACUUGCCUCCCUUAUCUUUCACAUCUCUUCUCCCAUAUGAGAUGUUCUUGGACUUCAAAGAUUCAAUGCAUAUCUAGUCAAAGAGAAAAAACUCUUCUACAGACUUUAGGAAAAUAGAUGGUUCUGUGUGAUUCUAAUGGCCAACUACCGUAUAUGGUGCUGGAAAUGGGGUGGGAGGGGGACACCCACACAAGUAAGCUUUAUCCCAAGUCAUUGUUUCUUCUUGAUCUUGUUUCCAAACUGCCAGUAGGUGGCUUGCAAAUUUUAUGCAUCUGGUUUAGGUAUAAACAUAACAUAUAUCUGACUUCAUUCAGUGUCAAGCAAAGAUUCAACAUGUUUUCCUUUUCUUCUCUCCCCCCCACCCCCCGCUAUGCUUCAGUCAUAAGUACCAGGCAGUCCACAAUAUUGUACACACAUGGUGGUGCUACAUUUGUCUUAGUGGGUCACAAGCUGCUCAGGCUUGAUGUUUAGUUGAUUGAUCAAUGGUAUUCUGUAAUGAUUAUGGAGUGGACAGGAUGCAUGUUGGAGCGAUACUUCUUGCUAGUAAUUGAUGAUGUGGAGCUAUCAUGAACCUGAAACAUUGUCUAGAUUGUCAUGUUAUGUCUUACCAUGUGCUGCUGCAGUUCAAGUUCAGCCACCAGAUUUGCCAGGAAUACAACCGAUAUCUAUCAACCAUAGUUGGGUAUCUGUGGACCUCACAAGCAUUCCAGGAGUCCCCCUGCCCUCAGGGGAUUCAGCUGGACCCAGAAGUGCUGGAGAUGACAAGGGUGAAGGACCACAGGAAGGGCUUCAAUGUAGUUUUCCACCCUGCACUGAUGGGAUAUGCUAUGCUCUUCUUGAAGAAGGUGAGGAGAGCAGUUUGCAUUUUUCAAGUAGAAUCAUUUCCAAUUAUUUUUAACACUGUAAUACUUGAGGACUACUGAGCAUCAGUGUGUAUGAUCACUGUUAGUUACGAUGAUGUCUGCAUUGUGUCCUUUAAAACUCCAGUCUUUGGCCUACCUUCUACCAUGCCAUAUAAAGUCAAGCUGUACAUGGGCUUAUUAAGAAUAAGUACUGUGCAGGGAGGAAUGGGGAGACCUGGGUUCACCACUCCAUUUAACCGUGAAAGCUUAGUGCCAAGCCUCUGGCAACAACUAGCAGAGACAAAAGAGAUCUCCUUGCAGUUCCAAGUCAUUCUGGCUCCAUUCUUUGGAACCCCAAGUUUAAAGGAAGGCUUCUCCUCCUCCUUGAAUCAUUACCAACUCUCUUCCUUAGAAGUGUACUAAAGAUAUGGGAUAUGGAAGGGGCCAUACCUCAGUGGUAGAGCACAUGUUUUUCAUGCAGAAAGUCCCAGUUUCAAGCACUGGAUUCCCCACAUACGACAGGAAAAGACUCUAUGUCUGGAAAACUGGAGAGUGGUUGCAAUCAAUGUAAACAAUACAGAACAAAAUGGACCAUUGGUCUGUUUUGGUAAUAUAGCAGCUUCUUGUGGGGGCUGAAAAAUUUGACUUCACCUCAGUCUUGUUUGUUCCUUUUUUCUUCUUUUUUUAAAGCAAGUUUCCAGCCUUUGCCAUUGCAAAAAUAUGCCUGAGUAUUUGGGCAAUGUCUGGUGAAGUAUAAAACCAAAGGAAUUGCCAGAUGAAGUUCCAGGUUCAUCAGUAGGUGCACUCUCUACUGUCAGGGUAAACAGUACCCCCUGUCUGUUUUUUUUUUGACCAGCAGUUCUCAAAAUGGGAGACCAGCCUCCUAUAUCUGGUCUGGAAAGCUUCCAGGAGCUACUACUGCUUUAUUUCCAGGAAGCAAACUGUUAGCAGCUACCCAAAUCAGUGUGCAGGGAGUACCAAACUUCAGUACAAUUCUUCGUUGCAACAGAAGACAUUGUGAUACAAUUUAUUAUACCUGUUGCCCCUUCUGUGGAUUCAUUUUCAUACCACAACCAGACCUCUUUCUUUGAUCUGCUUGUAACUUUGUCCAUAACCAGGCUUUUUUCUUUCUCUUUUUCUUUGCUUCAUCGGCCUUUUUUAGAAGUUUAGUAGGCUUGGUUCAGGAACCUGCACCUUAUUUGUUUCUGAUUCCAUUUUCUUGAUAUGUCUGCCUCUGAAACAUUGUUUUCCAAGCUUUUUUGUGUGUGUCUCCCUGUGGUAUCUAAGUAUUUGCCCACAGCUUUUUAAAAGUAGCAUAGAAGGUAAAACUUGUCCCCAGUGUAAGCUUUUAUUUCAUUGGGCUUCAGUGAAAGUGGAAGCUGAACUUGGUGCAGCUCUUUGGUGCAGCUUUUUGGGCUCUGGACCUGGUAACAGCAUGCUCCUACUCAGGCAGCUUUACUGAUAUCCAAAAACUUAAGCUGCCUUAUACCAAGUCAGAUCAUUAAUCCAUCUGUCAGUAUUGUUCGCGUUGCCAAAUUCUCUAGUGUCUGUUUCCUACCCCUACCUGGAACCAGAGAUUGAAUUGGGAUCUUCAUGCAAAGCAUGUGCUGUUCAACUGAAGCGUGGCUUCUUCUCUAGGAGAUGAUGUGGUCUUCUGCCUUUGGAAGACAUACUAGACUGAAAUUUGCUGUUCAGUUCACCAGAGAGUGCUGAUGUACAACUGAAGAUUAGCUGAUAGCAAAAUUAUCAGAGCCAUUUUCUCCCCAGGCAACACUGGUAUGUGUUUGGCUGCUUCUUUCGAUGGACUUCCAUGUGUUGAACCGAAAGAGCAGUGCAUGCUGUUUCAACCUGUACAGGCCCACUACAAAAUGUCAGAGAUGUGAAUUUUUCAAGACCUAUCAUGUAGUAGUUUUGUGGAGCAGCUCUGAGGCAUUAGUGCUGUCCAAAAGGCAUUUAGUGUUUCAGUUGUGCCAUGUCAUCUUCAGGAAGGCUAGUCUGAGGCUGAUUCUAAUCUCUAAUAAUUUCAAAUAACUCUUCAUUUAAAAGCUCUAGUCUUAGAGAACCAUUAAUUUCUAACACCUUUCUUCCCCCCCCCCCUUCAGAUGCAACCAGAGGACACAACCCUGAACUUCAAAUUCAUUCGGGUAAAGUGGCAUGCUUGACAAAACGCUAUGUUUCUUGGGAAGCUGGUUGUCAGUUGGAGCUGGGAUUUGGGGCACUGCCACAGAAGAAGGAACAACUAAAAUGUCGAGAAAGGGGAGGGGUUAGGAGAGGGUACCUUCCAACUCUAGAAUUUUGUGCUUCUGUGACAAGGCUGAUAACCUGUGCUGCUGAGGAACCUACAUCUUCUAGCUUUGUCCACCAUGUAUUUUCCCAUGAAAAGGAAUUGUUCAGUAGCAAACAGUUGGUACCACAUAUCUGAAUGUGGCAAGUACUACACCUGAAAAAGUUUUUAUUUCUGGUCUGAAAAUGGAACUGGCAUAAAGAUGCAACUGUUCCCCAAGGCUAGGGGAUCUCAGUUAGGUCUCUUUGUUGCUUGGUUUCCAGUACCAGUUGGAAUAUAAAAUUUCAAAGAGGGAAUUCCGGCAUCAAGAGAUGUUCAUUCUUUGUAGGAGCUCUCCUCUACUGCAAAGAGGUAUGCCCGCUCAAAGCUAAUUGAAACUGCCCUAUGUGAACUGGCUCAUGAAGAGGCUGCAUGUUGAUAGCUUAUUCCUCACCACAAAGACCAAGUUUGUGUCACAGCAUAUUAGCAUCAUGGGUAUUCUGGGCUUUUGCAGUGUGGAUUGGUCUGCAAGUUCAGGUGAUGGAGAGCUAGGGUAGGAAAUGAGAGGACACUUUGUGGCCCAAAAAAGAAAAAGCCAUUGUAUCUGAAGAGAUUUAACUCCUAAUGCUUUAUUUGCAGGGGGCAAGGUGGGGAUGGUACCAGGAAUUUCUCUACUCCCAAGGAUUACAAGGCCUGAAGCUUUUCAUCGAAAGUAGCAUUUGCCAUGCUCCUCAAGAGAAAGUAAGGCAUUAAUGGAAACAAUAGACUGAUUCUUACAGUCUGUUAUGAACUAUCAAGCUAUUCUUCAGAAAAUAAGAGGAAUAUUUUUUAAAAAAUUAAAAUAUGUCUUUAUUAAAAGAUUUUAAUGAGUAACAAAAGUGCAUUUUAAUGAGUAACAAAACUGUUUUCAGACACCAUGAUAAUUUCUGGUCUGUGACCAUAAUAAAUCAAUUCAUUUCAACAUUGUGAUAUAUCAAAAUAUUGUGAUGUUUAGCUGGUGAUUUAUCGUGAUGUUGAAAACUUAUAUGUUUUUAAGGAAAGAGCUGGUGCUGUGUAGUUUUUACUGUAAUAAUCUGUAUGUUUUAAAUAAAUAGUGUUUACGUGUGUUUUAUGUUUUUCUCCUGUUUCUGUUUGAGCAAGAUGAUCCCUGUCAGGGAAAAAGGUAGGGUAUGAUUAAUAAUUAUUAUUAUAAUUUUCACAGAAAUGUCCCUUUUUGAGCUAUCCCUCUGUUUUAAUUUCCUAAAUAAACUUGUUUAUUGAGCACUGCAAUCA